GCCCUCAGUGCUCACUUUGGGGCAGCGGGGGAGAGAGGAGGCUGGAAAGGAGCUCUCAUUGAUGAUUUUCAGUGCCAGCCUCAGCUGGAGCCCACCAGAGGGCAGGAGCAGGGAGCAGUGCCAACCCCUGGGGGAAGGGAUAACUGGGCAGGGCAGCCAGGGCUUCGAGACCCAGGCUGGAGGAAGGGAAGCUGAGCUGGCCUGGCUGUGGAGGAUGAAAGAUGGAGUGGCCAGGCCCUCCUCCUACUAACCCCACCCCACCAUCCCUGGGCACAGGGGCUGACUCAGCCCAUUCUCAGGCCCAGAACUUUCCCUGUGCUAGACCCUGGGGCCUUUGUCCCCACAGUCAUGAGGUCUGAAGGGGGUGGGGACAAUGUUGAUAAAAGGCACUAGAGGCAGCUCCCACACCCUUCCUCAGAGCUGCUGCCCACAUGCAGUCCCGGAUACAGCCCCUAGCCCAGGCCCUGCCCUUCUCCCUUGGAGGAGUUCUGCGAGACACUGGACUCCGGGUGCCUGUCAUGAAGACGGGCACAGGGUGGGAGGGCCUGCAGCGGACCCUGAAGGAAGUCGCCUACAUCCUCCUCUGCUGCUGGUGUAUCAAGGAGCUGCUGGAUUAAUGGCAGCAGGGAGCUGCCUCCUCCCCGCUGGCACCAUGGCCAGCAUCGCUCAGCACCCAGCCCAACCCCCAUCAAGACUCCUGGGGCCAGCUGUGCUUGACCAAGGACGGGCCACAAACAAUGAGUGAAGUGUGAUCCUGCUUUGAGUUUGUGCCAUCUGUCAGACCUGCCUCAUCUCUCGGCCUCUAUUCCCAGGCCCCACCUCCAGUGCACCUCUGGUGCACAGGAGCUUGGCCUGCUGGCUAGGACCCCAGUCAGACUGCAGCAGAACCUGGC